AUGGCUCCAGUUUAUGAUAAAAUUGCAAGCCUCAAUCCGAUUAGAGAUAAUUGGAAUAUUCUUGUGAGGGUUAUAAGGUUGUGGACCAUUCGUGUUCGAGGACAAACAACUAAGAUCGAUAUGAUUAUCAUGGAUGAUAAGGGUGAAACAAUUGCACUAUUGCAAUCUAAUUCUUUGGUUCCAGCAACGAUCUGGAAUUUUGUGAAGUUUGAUGAUGUUUUAGGGGGUGUUCUGGAUGUCUCGCUAUUAGUAGAUGUGAUCGGGCUGUUGAGCCGUGUUGGUGAGCAACGGAACUUUGCCGGAGGGAAGAAGAUGAAACAAAUUGUCCUGGAUAGCUUUGGUGUGGAGCUUACUUGCUCUUUUUCGGGUCACUACGUGGAUGAAAUUGAUCGUUUUUUAUCUACAAACGAUUCUACAAAUGUUGUUGUGGUUAUAAUGUGUGGGAAAAUUAAGGAAUUUCAAGGUAAAAGAAGCUUUCAAAAUGGGCUUCAUUGCUGCAAAAUUAUGUUCAAUCUAGCAAUCCCUGUUGCCCUUGAAUUCAAGGAAAGCAUGGCACAGCGGAAUCCAUCUCCCCAACAAGGCGUUGGCCGCAUUGUAGAUGCUUCUCAGGUGUCGUUGGAAGAUGAUUUCCUGAAUUUACAUGAGCGAAAAACUCUAUCUGACCUUAAGGAUCCUGCCCUUGAUACGAUUGAUAAUCGAGAUUCUUCGGAGCCUAAGAUCAGUCCAGAGAAAGUUGUGCAGAUUUGUGAUCGAAACUUUGGUGUUGGUGUUGAUGGGGUUAUCUUUUUCUUACCUGGCAUCAAUGGCACUGACUAUACUAUGAGGAUUUUCUACUCUGAUGAUGAUACUAAAGCAGGCAUGACUCAUAGUAGAUUGCUCAUAAUGGAAGAGAAGGAAAUUAUGGGCAUGACAGACAUGUGUAUCAUCCCCUGA